CGCUAAGGUGCUCACCUGCAUUAGCCACGCCCAUCACCACACCUGACCAAGAGAAGCCGCCACGAAUCGUUCCUUCAUCCUCUCUACCAUUCCGGAGACUAGUGACCAUAAAAAUAAAAACGAGAGUCAUGAUCAUAAAACGCGUUUUAAUAAUCUUCAUUUUGCAGUGCUUUGUUCGGGGAGUUGAAAACAAAGACGAUGUACACGAAUUUACCUCAAGAUUAUCCAAGUAUUCUAUUGUAAAACCUCAAGUGAUUCACAGGUGGGCCAGAAGCAUUAGUGGGUCACAAGAUUCAAACGAGAAGCACAGCGAUGAAAGCGUUUCUUAUGCAGUCAGUAUAAACCACAGGAGGCACGUCCUUCACCUGAAAAGGAACAGGGGCUUUUUGCACUCAAAUGUCCUUCGUUCUCUUCAUGGUGCCUCUGGGAGCGACAACUCCUCACAUCCAAGACGCCAUGUACAUUGCUAUUAUCAUGGGAAAGUGGAAGGGUACAACAAUUCAAUGCUUGCCCUCAGCACAUGCUAUGGCCUCAGGGGUGUGAUCGUCCUGGAAAAUGACACAUUCGGAAUUGAGCCUGUACCAAAAUCCUCAACAAAUGAGCAUAUCCUGUACCACCUUAAUGACACCCAAUACAAAACUGCCACCUGUGGGGUCGUUAAUGAGGCUGGAUCAUCGCCAAGCUAUAAACCCUUUGAGCCCGACCAGAUGCUAGUGUCUCUGCUAAGGAGGAAGCGCAAUUUACCAGAAACAAGCUAUGUGGAGUUGGUGUUGGUGGUUGACAACCUCAGGUAUCGGUUUAAGGACAAAAAUGCGACGGCAGUCCGAGAUGAGAUGGUGGAGUUGGCCAAUCUACUGGAUGGGUACUACAAGGAGCUGAAUAUUCGCAUUAUUUUAGUUGGUCUGGAAAUUUUUAAGGAUACAAAUCCUUUUAGUGUGGAAGGCAGCGCUGGAGAUGUGUUGGAGCGCUUUGUUAAAUGGAGGAAAUCGACUCUUAUACCCAAAAUCCGACAUGACAUAGGACAACUCAUUAUUGGUCCACCCCAAGAUUAUGGAAACAUUCUUGGUAUGGCCUAUGUGGGUACAGUCUGCUCCGUAGCAUCAUCUGGAGGCAUUAAUUUGUUCAAAAGCCAAAGCUUGGCAUCUUUCUCCACUGUGGUGGCUCAUGAGAUGGGUCAUAACCUGGGUAUGAAUCAUGAUGGUGAUAACUGUGACUGCGGUGGGGGAAACUGUAUUAUGGCACCAAGUGCAGGUGGUUCCACCAAAUUUAGCCAGUGUAGUGAGACGUACUUUGAGAAUUUGAUUCUCCGUGGAGGAGGAGGGUGUCUUAGGAAUCAACCGUCUCCCUCAGACGUGAUCGGCACAGCCGAAUGUGGCAACGGUCGUCUGGAUGAGGGAGAGGACUGCGACUGUGGCAAACCAACGGAAUGCAAGAAUAAGUGCUGUAAUGCUGCCACUUGCACAUUCACACGUGGAUCCGCUUGUGCUGAUGGGCGCUGCUGUGAAAACUGUCAAAUCAAAGUUGCUGGAUGGCCAUGCAGAAAGUCUGUGGACUCCUGUGAUCUUCCUGAAUAUUGUGAUGGCAAAAAGGCCUUUUGCCCUACUGACUUCUAUAUGAUGGACGGCUUGUUGUGUCAAAACAAUGCUGCAUACUGCUAUGAAGGUCGCUGCCAGACGUAUGAUUACCAGUGCAGGCAUCUGUUUGCACCAGAUAAUGCAAGAAAGGCAGAAGAUAUUUGUUUUAAAACUGCAAAUACUAAAGGAGAUAAAUUUGGAAAUUGUGGACCAGAACCAGGUGGAUCAGGAUACUUAAAAUGUAGCGUGGCAAAUUCUAUGUGUGGGAAGGUGCAGUGUACCAAUGUGGAUGUAAACACGCCCCCUACUGGUGCACAAGUCAGCAUCCAACAAAUUCAAGGAGCCACUUGUGUUAAUGCAGACUUUAACUUCGGCACAGAUGUGCUCGAUCCUGCCUAUGUUAACCCUGGCAGCCCUUGUGAUACAGGAAAGACCUGUGUGGACUUUAAGUGUGUGAAUGCUUCUGUUCUGUUGCCAGAUUUAGACUGUGACGCCAAGACUACUUGCAAUGGUCAUGGGGUAUGCAAUGACCGGGGACACUGUCAUUGUGACAAUGGUUGGGGGCCACCCUUCUGUGAUAAAUCGGGAUGGGGUGGGAGCAUCGACAGUGGUCCUGCUCAAAUAGACUACUCCCUCAGAAAUGGCCUGUUGAUCUUCUUUUUCCUGGUGGUUCCCCUUCUUGUUCUCCUUAUUCUUGUGCUUCUCUACAUCUUUAAAAGGGAUUCACUGGAUGUCUGCCUAAAAAGAUCACGUAAUACUGGCAAUAGAAAUACAAAUGUACAACCCAAAAACAACGUUCAAGCAGGUGUUACAGCACCAACUCCGCAAGCCCCACCUGAAAGGCCUACAAAUUCCCCUUCAACUGCAGCACCGAUUUCUGGGUUUAGGUAUGGCGAACUAGAUUAUUGGCGUCAUGAAACGAACAAUCCUCCUCCACGACCACCACCUCCUGGAGGUCGUCCUCCACGACCAUCACCUCCUGUUCAGGGACCUGGAGUCCCUAAACCAAUUCCAUCCAACCAGAUCGCCUAAAUGUCUUUUUAUACAACACAUCAGCAUCAUCUAAGGAGAGACUAAUUUAAUCCACUGUAAACACUGAAUAUUCUCAAACUUUUGAACACCUUUAAAUUAUUAUUAUUAUUUUCUUGGUGGUGGCUAUGAAUGAUAAAUGUUUGUUAGAGAAUGUGUUUUUACUUGGCUGUUACACACUUAUUUAAAAAAAAAA